AUGAGGAAUCGUGCGACGACGCCGCUCAAGAUCCAAGGAAAAGGUGGUGCCCUACGAUGGGUUCUUCGACAGUCAUGGAGCAAAUACAAUCUCUACAACAUGUCCAGAAUGACGAAUCCGUCAGUAAGACAGGGAACCAUUUUUCAACUGAAAUGGCGCGCGAAAUCAGCCUGCCGCAAGUACCAUGGAGAACAAAUCCGAGAGAAACAAUGGGUACGAAUGUUUGAUAGACGAUUACGAUCUGUCAUUCCCAUGAACGCUGAAUACCUUGCAUCGAACGAUGGUGCACUCGAAUCGGCCGGCCGAGGAUCUGGGUUGGAAAGAACAGGAAGAGAAGGAAGAAAUGCACCCAAGCCUCAGGCAAUUCCAUAUAUGCAAAUGACGUUCGCUCCGAUGGAAAGGAGACUGGACACAGCUAUCUUCCGGGCGAUGUUCGCCAGCAGUGCUCGCCAAGCAAGACAGUUCGUCGUACAUGGAGCCGUCAAGGUUAACGGCAAGCAGCUGCGGUAUCCAGGAUACCUCCUUAACCCCGGAGAUAUGUUCCAAGUUCUCCCAGAACGAGUAAUGUAUGCCACAGGUGCCCCCAAAAUCCCGGAAGCUGCCAAAGAAGCAGAAGAGUCGGAAGGUGACGAGAAAACUAUAGAAGAGAACAUCGAAGAACAACCGGAUGAGGAGGUGGAGAUGGAUCGAGACCCUCGAGAAGUUCUGAAAGACCUCAAAGCUCAAGCAAAGAGUAUCCUUGCAUCGCCGAAAAAAGAUCUCGGAGCGAAACGAAAACAAGAUCUCAGAGCAUUUUCGAAAGCUAUCAAACGUCUACUUUCCAAGUCCAAGUCUACCACAAUUAUGACCGAGAGCCUCGAAGUGCAAUUCGCAGAAAUACAGCGACAGCUAAAUCUCCGAAGACAAACAAAAGAAACGGGUAUAUCAUCUCCUCCAUCCGCACAAGACCCUACCCAGGCGCCUGGAGAGGAAUCUUCUGAAGCGGACUCAGCGGCCGAAACGGGUGAAGCCGGCGCGGAUACCAGCGAACAAGAAUCACUCACAUUGACCAACGGCGAAUACAACGAGCUCUUUGAUGCGCUGCGCUCGAUGCAAGAGAACCCGAUCGACGAAUCCAAACCGUAUGCGACACCUUGGAUGCCACGCGAUUACAUGAGUGCAUUCGCCUUUAUCCCCCGCUAUCUCGAGGUCAACCACAAUAUUUGCACAGCGGUAUAUUUGAGACAUCCUGUGGCCCGGCCUGGUCUAGCCGAGGUGCCGACUCCUUUCUCCGAGACGACAAACAGUACUGCUUUUGCAUGGUAUCUGCGGAGGAGAUGA